AUGAGCGAGGUCAAUCCCACCAACAUCGAGGCGCUCAAGCGCCGGAUGCAAUCCGUGUGCAGCGAUUCCGACAAGGGCCUCCCCGGGGUUUCCGUCGCUGUAGUCGGACGGGAUGGCAAGCAGCUGUUCAGCCACGCUGCGGGGAAACGGGGCCGUGACAGCGCCGAGCCCAUGGCUGUGGACUCAGUUUUCUGGAUCGCUUCGUGCACAAAGAUGAUCACUGGCAUUGCGUGCAUGCAGCUAGUCGAGCAGGGAAAACUGUCUUUGGAUGACGCUGACCAAAUCCACCGCAUCUGUCCUGAAUUCAACGAUCUCCGAGUGCUCCAAGAAGAUGGAACCUUGGUGGAGAGAAAUAAAGGCAUUAGUUUGAGAAUGCUCUUGACUCAUACUUCCGGUUUUGGUUAUACAUUCUAUAAUGAGAAACUGCGCGACUACGGCCGACCCGUUGGUUAUGAUGAGUUCUCGGGAUACGCCGAGGACUUCAACCAACCGCUGGUCCACCAACCUGGGGAAGCUUGGGAAUAUAGCAUUGGCAUUGACUGGGCAGGUGUCGUGCUUGAGCGGGUUACAGGACAGUCGUUGAAUGACUAUUUCCAUCAACACAUCUUCGAGCCACUCGGCCUCAAGCAUAUCUCGAUGAUCCCCACAGAAGAAAUGAAGGCAAAGCUCGCUUACAUGCACCAGCGAGCGGCCGAUGGUCAGCUCUCUGUCCGCGACCAUCUGCUUCGACGAGCCAUGACAGUGAAGAGUGAGAGUGACAUCAAGUCCUACUUCAAUAGCGGUGGAGCCGGAUGUUUCUCAACUGCCGAAGACUACUCCCAAAUCCUCGCCGUUCUGUUGAACAACGGAACCUCGCCGAGAACCGGCAAGCAGCUGCUUAAGAAGGAGACUGUUGAUGAGAUGUUCCGGAACCAAAUCGAGAACCUGCCCCCUCUCAGCGAAAAGCAUUUCCCGGAUGCGAAAGCAGACCUGUCACACUCCAGUAUCGGCAUUCACCCAACUGUCGAGGGAGAUCGCCAAGCUGGGGACUUACCUUCCUGCUGA